UAAUAAACAAAACAAUUGAUUGAAUUAUUAUUUAUUGAAUUAAAUUAAUAUAUCAUAUGAUUUGACAAUAUUUUGAUCAGUUUUGUAAUAAAUGUUUAAAAACACGUUUCAAAGUGGCUUUCUUUCAGUACUUUAUAGCAUUGGAUCAAAUCCUCUUCAGAUUUGGGACAAGAAAGUCAAGAAUGGAUCGAUUAAACGCAUUACCGAUAAUGAGAUCCAGAGUUUGGUGAUUGAGAUCACGGGCGCCAAUGUGUCGACAACUUAUAUCACAUGUCCGUCACAGCCGAGGGCCAGUUUGGGCAUAAAAUUGCCAUUUCUGGUGAUUAUCGUUAAAAAUAUGAAGAAAUACUUUUCUUUUGAGGUCGAGAUUAUUGACGACAAACAGAUCCGACGGCGAUUCCGUGCGUCCAACUAUCAGAGCCAGACUCGCGUCAAACACUUCAUCUGUACGAUGCCUUUGCGUUUGGAUGACGGCUGGAAUCAGAUUGGCUUCAAUUUGGCCGACUUUACCCGUCGGGCGUAUGGAACCAAUUACGUGGAGACACAGAGAUUAACCAUUAAUGCAAAUUGUCGUCUCAGACGUAUAUACUUCUCUGACAGACUCUAUAGUGAGGACGAGUUGCCGCCGGAAUUCAAACUAUAUUUGCCGAUUACCACCAAAACCUAAGACCAAAUCAUUUAUAUUUGCUAUU